GUCCUGUUAACGAAGCGACGAGCACUAUCCAUUAAUAAAAUAGUCCGUACGGUCACCACGUCAUUAUCACGUUUCGGGUUCCUUUCAACGGUAGCAGUACUACAUACUCCCUCUCAAUCGGCGCUCGGCCUUCACCUACACUCUGCGGUAGAGAUUCGUCGGAGAACGGUACAACUCGGAGGCAACCUUGUCGGUAAUUCAACUCGACCAUGAGGAUCGAAGAGAACCACGCGCUUAGCCGCAGGCGCAUAGGUCGAUGGGACGGAGAUUUGUCCGAAGUGCAGUUCACUAUGGGUUAUCCCCAGUGGAUCGGGCUCACACUGCACAAUCUCCAUAAGGAAGCCAUCUACAUCACCGGCGUGGGUCUGUUCUGGGGGAAGCUUUACCGGCAAGGCAACAAGGACGAGGAAGUGCCCAAGAAUGAGCUGCUCGGUGUUGUCAUCGAGGGUGGGGCAAAGUAUACCGUGUGGGCGUGUGGACGCAGCGGUACUUCUUCCGGUACCGAAGGGCAGAUCGAAUUGUCGACCAACCUACUGGAGCCCCCCCACAAGAUUCCACUCGUGAACAUUUACUGGAGUGUUCCGUGGGGAUCGAGUGCAAAUAGACUGGAGAAGAGUCGGCAGAAUGAGGAGUGGCUGGUUGAUCUUCCGCCGAUCAGUCAAGACGGAGCUAUUGGCGAGGUUACUGUGAGAUUUCAAAAAAUUAAGGGGUAAUUCUAGAGGGUUGUCUGUAUAUGGGUUGGAUGAUUGGUUCAUUCACGGAACUGGGUGAAAGAUGGGAGGCAGGUGAUUGUUGGGGAUUGUGCAUGAUUGAUUGGUUUCUGUUGAGGGUACUUUUUUCAUAUUGUUUUUCAGUAUGUGCGACAACUGCUCUCAAUACGACGCACGGCG